AUGAUCAUCCAUGAAAUUCUCUCCAUAGAUGCAAGGCCAUUGAAGCAUACCAUAGCUCACAAUGCCAAUUCCCUUAAGGAAAACUACCAGAUCAGUUCAGCAAAGCUUGUAAGCGAAAAAGCCGACGCGGGACAAAAGAUUGCAGAGAAAGGAGAAGUACUGUCGCCAAGCACACUGGUGCAAAGUCUUGGCCCUGAUGAUUUGGCAGCGGUUCAUGUUGACGAUUUUCGUCCCACCACACCAGGAAAUAGUCCCAGGAUUGGCCAUUCUUUUACUCGAGAAAAGGAUGUCGAACCAAAAGAAACGGAUGGAGGUUAUAGGCACGUUGUGGCUGCGGCGAGAAAUGACUUCCGACCCACGGAACCCGGUCACAGCCCUGGUGUUGGGCAUUCGUUCGAAGACAAGGUUACUGCAGGACCAAAUUCAUAA